AUGGCAGCAACUGUAGAAGGACAAGAUAAGGUUUUAGCUACUGCACAAAGGAUCGUUCAGAGCCUUAACAACACUUCAGACGCCGAUGAUAUGUUGAUGAUUCUCUCAGCCUUCGACAACCGCCUCUCCAAUCUCUCCUCCUUUGUCUCCGGUGAGGACCCACCUUCCGACGACCCGCGAUUUGAGGCUGCUGAGAAGAUCAUUCUGAAUGAGGUAAAUUCGUCUUCAAUAAGCGAGGAUUAUUGGGAUGCUAUUGAUGAGAUCAUAGAAUUGACUGAGGAAUUGAAUUUGAAUAAUCGGGAAGGGGAAACUAGGGUGGGAGAUGUGAAGGAUGAUGUUAUGGAUAGGGCGGAGAACGCACUGCAAUUGGCGAUGACGCGCUUGGAGGAUGAGUUUAGGCAUAUCUUGAUUAGUAAUACGGUUCCUCUUGACCCUGAUCGCCUUCAUCGGUCUUCGCUCUCGUCGUUUUCUGCGGCAAUGGCUAUGGCUGCGACGGAUCUUUUUAAUGAUGAUGCGAGUGUGAAUCUCGAUGAUGUUAGCAGUGGGGGAUAUAGUCAGCGUAGGCACAGUCGAGGUGUGAGUUUGGGGGGAGAUGAUAUUUCCCUUGAUUUGGUUCAUCCAGAUGCUGUGAUUGAUCUGAAAGAGAUUGCAGAUCGGAUGAUACGAUCCGGGUAUGAAAAGGAAUGUUGCCAGGUUUAUUGUACUGUUCGCCGUGAUGUUCUUGAUGAAUGUUUGAUGAUCCUUGGAGUAGAGGUGUUGAGCAUUGAGGAGGUCCAGAGGAUUGAGUGGCGUUCAUUGGAUGAUAAAAUGAAAAAGUGGAUUCAAGCUGUUAAAGUCGUUGUUCACGGUCUUUUGUCAAGUGAAAAACGCCUCUGUGAGCAGAUCUUUAGUGGGUCUGAUUUGAUCAAGGAGGUUUGCUUUCUGGAGACGUCCAAAGGUUGUGUGAUGCAGUUAUUGAGUUUUGGUGAGGCUGUUGCAAUAGGGAGGAGGUCCUCGGAGAAACUUUUUCGGGUCCUUGAUAUGUAUGAUACUUUGGCUGAGGUUUUACCUGAUUUGCAGGCGCUAUUUAUGGAUGAAGAAGCUGGUGAAAUGGUUUGUAGCGAGACCAAGGGCGUGUUGGAUGGGUUAGGCUAUGCAGCCAUUGGGAUUUUCGUAGAGUUUGAGAACGCGGUUAAGGGGGAGGCUUCUAAGAAGCCGAUACCGAAUGGUGAGAUUCACCCGCUCUCUCGCUAUGUUAUGAAUUAUGUGAAACUGCUUGUGGAUUAUACCAACACUCUCAAUACACUUUUGGAGAAUGUGGAGGAUGAAUCAGGAGAGUCACUGAGUGAGAAUAAAGAUAAUUUGGAGGUGGAUAACAUGUCGCUUGUAGCUCGACGUCUAUUGGCACUGAUCAAAUCAUUGGAAUCAAAUCUUGAGGAGAAGUCGAGAAUGUACGACGAUAAUGCAUUGCAAAAUAUAUUUUUAAUGAACAAUAUACUUUACAUCGUCCAGAAAGUGAAAGACUCACAGCUUCGAAACCUUUUGGGAGAUAACUGGAUUAAAAAACGAGGGGGUCAGAUUCGACAGUAUUCAACAUAUUAUCUAAGGGCAACUUGGAGCAAGGUUUUAUCUUGUUUGAAAGAUGAAGGGACAGGUGGGAGCUCAAGCAAUGUCUCGAAGGUGGUUCUAAAGGAGAGGUUUAAGAACUUUAAUGCAUGCUUUGAAGAUAUCUACAGGAUUCAGACGGGUUGGAAGGUUCCAGAUUCUCAGCUACGUGAAGAGCUUCGAAUAUCAAUUUCAGAAAAAGUCAUUCCAGCUUACCGCUCAUUUUUGGGAAGGUUUGGGAAUCAUUUAGAAAGUGGGAGGAAUGCUGGAAAAUACAUAAAAUACACUGGCGAGGAUUUGGAGAAUUAUUUGUUGGAUCUAUUCGAGGGAACACCCCUUAUUCUGCACAACAUGAAAAGAAAAAGUACAUAA